AUGGCAAGCUUUCGAACACCUGCGUUGCGCCGCAUUGUGUUUGGUGCAGCUCCCUAUCUGCGAGCCUCACAGCGAAGGUGGGCGCAAGUCCAUGAUGUGCGGUUCUUGGCCACCCAACAGUCAGACCGGAUAAUCGAAAAAUAUAAAGAGAAGCUCGCAAAGAAAGCGCAAGAGGAAGGUCUGCGGGAUAUCAGUGAGCUGAAAGAAGUCUAUAAAGACAAGAUCGAACACCUCAAAAAGAAAGCGUCGAUACCUAUCCCCCUCGAUCCUCUACCAGCUGCGCAAACAACCACCACACAGUCGUCACCCUUUCCACCAGCUCCUCCCCCUCCACAAGCACCAGCCCAGCAGAUACCUCCCUCGUCGCCUGGUAUCAAAACCCUAUCUUCCUAUCUCGACAUUGAGAAGACUCGCGCCCUCCCACAGAAAGAGCUAGAAGCAAUAUGGCGUUUACGGCACGUCAAUGAUCCCCAAUCGCUAUGUGCCGUCAUUCCUAUCGAUGUUUAUAAAUCACUUGAGGCAACCGCCAAGAAACACCCACACUUCAUCUUACCUCUCCCCAAGGAGGGGCAAGGUGCCGAGAUCCACUUCCUGCAAUGGACGUUUCCUGCUGAGAAUACCGUCACCGUACUCUUUACGCAUUUGGCGGAAUACAAGUUGAGAGGGGAGUACAGCGAACCUCAUACAACUAUCACACAUCACCUGGAACUUGUGGAAGACAAAGGCGUUGUGCUGUUGCAGGGUCAAGUGGUCGAGGGGAGGGGUGUGAGUGUGGAUGAGGCAAAGUGGUUGAUCAUGUGUUUGCAGAAGUUCUAUGGUGUCACCGGAGAGAAGAGCGAGAGGAGGAGGCUGUUGGAGCUCUUUGGGAAGGGUGAUCCGGCCUUUAAGGUGGAGGAUUUGGUAGAGGAGGCUGAGAAGAUCAUUUAG